AUGAACCAUCUAAAUAAGUUGAUCGAUUUUAAUCCUAACUUGAACGAAGCGCAAAAGAACCGACUUCGUCAAACUCCUUUUAAAUUGGUUGUUGAUAUGACAGACCACAUAAAGGUUAGUGGACCUUUGUUAGAAGAGUUGUUGAGUAUAUGGGACUCUAUUGGGUUUAGAGUAGGUUGCAAGACAGUUGCAUUUACACCGGCAGAUGUAUGUAUUGCAUUAGGAUUACAAAUUGUAGGAACAACUGUACAUGUACCUCUUAACGAUAACAGAAUGUCACCAGGACCAUUUAAGUUGUUGGACAACCUAAAUAUGUUUGAAAUGUAUAACUGGGGUCAAGCGGUGUAUGAAGAUUUAGUCGAAAGCAUAAACACUACUACUGGCAAAUACGCUCAAAGUGGAGGAGACUCGGGUAAAGAAAUGAUUCUUUCAGGUUGUUCUGCCAUUUUACAGGUUGUUGAGAAACUGCAAUUAUGUAACAUAUCAAAAAAGUGUUUUCCACGUAUUAAUAAGUGGACAACACUUCCAUUUCACAAUAACGAAAUGCAAAAUAUAUUUGCAAAUGCAAAGUUGGUUGAAGAUUUGGUUCCAACCGAAGAAGACCAACAAUUCGAUGUUGUUGCUGAAGCCAUUCAACAGUCUGAAGUUAUGCAUACGAAUGAUAUUGACACCGACUUUGAUGCAACCGCUAUUUUAAGAAAACAACAAAUAUUGUUUGACCACAAUAAAGCAUUUAGGGAAAAGAUUUCUAUGUUUGCGAAGGAAAUGAAAUUGCUAAAAGAAGCAGAUAAAGGCGGUAAGGAAGAAAGUCAGUUGGGAAAUGAGGGCGGGGAGGAAGAGAGUGAGCUUGUAGGAAAAGAAGAGGAUAAUGGCGGGGAGAAAGUGAUCGAGUCUGUAAAAAAAGUAGAGGAUAAGAAAAGAUGCCAAUAA